UUCGCCCAUCCAUAUAUAUCCCAGAGACCAGAUGUUCAAAGCCUACAAGAACCUCUCCCCAAAGACCCGUCUGGGCGUCGGCGUCGCAGUCCUAGCCUGGGGCGCCGCCGGUCUUUACCUUUCUGACCAGGCGGAGGAGAAGUACCAGCCGACACCGGAAGAGAAGGCCGUUGUCGACAAGUAUGUGCCCAAGGUCACCGUUGUCGACAGGUCCAAGGAGUAGUAGCCAGCAGAGUGAGCGUAUGGGAUAUGGUCAUCAGUCCCCGAUUUGGGUUGAGAGAAGCAGACGAAUGGAAGUAAGGCGUCAUGGGAGGGUUCUUUGUUCAUUAAGCCGCAUGGGCACAAGCUCUCGCUUCCCUUCUCGACAAAACAACAUCAGGAAGUGUGUUACCGGCCAGGCCGGUUCGAGUUUCGAGUGACUUGUCACACAAGAGAGGGAAGGCCCCUUUUCUUUUCCACAGCCAAAUCAUUUUUCUUAGAUCUAGUCCUCAAACUCAGGUUCAUAACCUCCAUAGUAAGCAUAACG